UUCAAUUGGGUUUGCUGUGCGCUGUGAGUGUAUUCGGGCGCACACCUCACCAAUUUCUGAACGAGUCAUGUCCGCAAUACUUCGCGGUGACGUGUGCGUGCAUUCGUUUUCAUGCUAUAUUAGCACAUACCAAUAGAAAGCACGGGAAUUAUUUCUCGAAAUCAUGGCGUCAGUUGCAGUGGCUCGAGAUAUUUCUUUAAUUUUCAUCUUCGUCUUGUCAAUAAUCGUGACGAUUUCUGGAUUACCAGUGGGGGACGUUAAUGUUGGGAACACAGAUGGACAAAUAGAACAACCUGAUGGGCAGCAAACGUUUCCAGCCGAUGUACCUCCACCGCCGGGAGCCUUCAAUGAUCCUGGGUCGGAACCCGGUAUAUUACCACCAAACAAUCUUCCAGAGACUCCACCAGAAGAUGUAGGAGCUCCAUUAAACGCCGUCAAGGAUGUGACAUCUCCAGAAGAAGCAGCGGCGGCUGCUGGGACAGGAUUAGCCAUGAUGGCUGGUCCUGUGGUUCCAGGAGGAAACACGGGUGCGCUGUUUCCAAAUAUAGCACCACCACCCGGUGGUGAAGUGAACGUUGAGGCCCCUGCCCAAGGACAAGAGGCACCUGCUAACAAUGGUGCGUUUUUCAAUAACAUGGCACCGCCACCCGUUAAUGCAGCGAACGGAGCUGGUGAGGUGAACAUUGAGGCCCCUGCCCAAGGACAAGAGGCACCCGCUAACAAUGGUGCGUUUUUCAAUAACAUGGCACCGCCACCCGUUGAUGCAGCGAACGGAGCGGUACCCGCUCAAGGACAAAUGGAACCAGCAGAUAAUGGUGGUAUGUUCCCCGCUAACAUGCCGCCACCACCACCUGGUGCGAUGAAUGAUGGGGUACCAGGCCAAGGACAAACAGUACCUGGUAUGUUCCCCGCUAACAUGCCUCCACCACCUCCUGGUGCAAUGAACGAAGGGGUACCCGCCCAAGAGAACAAGGUUAAUGCACCAUCUGACAAGGGUUUCGCUUCACCACCAUACCAAGGGAUGUUCCCCCCAAACAUGCCUCCACCCCCACCAGGUGCAUUUAACGAACCUCCACCAAAUCCCAUUAUUAACGAAAAGAAAGCCAGUCAAGUCGCCCCGUCCAGUGGUAGUGCUGUCGAACCUGUUUAUAUCAAAGGAAUGGCUGUUCCAGAAAAAGCGGCAGUGCCCCCAAGCGAUCCAAACCGUUAUGUUGAUCCCAAUAAUAUCCAAGCAUCAUCGAUACUUUCAAAUCAGCCAGGUUCAACGACUGGAACUGACCAGAGCAAUGAUCAACAAUAUAAUCCCGAUACUCCUGUUUCCAAUGACCAAAGUCAGGCGCCCAGUAAUCCCCAAGUAUUUAACCCUGAUUCACAGGACAACAAUGGAGAAGGGGUAGCCCCAUAUAACCCAGAUGAACCCGAUGCUUCCAAUAUUCCGAGCCAAAAUGGAAACGGAGGAUCCGUAGAGUCCACCCAAAAUCAAAACGAAGCACAGGUUCCUUAUAAUCCAGAUCAACCUGAAGCACCCCAAAACAGUCCAUUCUCGGGUAACCAACAAGAAAAACCUAUUCCAACCCAAAAUGAAGUUGGAGCUCCAGAUGAUCAAAAUGUCCCCGAGGCUGACCCUAACCAACCAGCAGAACCUGAUUCGGAGAACAACGUUCCUACUGGUCCUGAUUUCUACGAAAGCCCAAGUGAUCCUGAUGAAAAUGAAUCUGCAGAGUCUCCCUAUGAACCAUCUGAUGAAUCGCCGUACGAGGAUGGAGAGCAGGUUGGUGAAUCACAGGGGGAGUAUUCUUCAUUCGACUCUGUCAUGAACUUCCUCAAAUCAAGUGACUAUGAGUCUUCAGAUUCCCUUGCAGGAGGUGACGGGUCACCUGAUAGCUUCUGGCAGGAUUCCGAUUCAGAAGAGUUUUCCGAUACCGAUUACGGAGUAGACAGUUCGGAUUACUCAAAUCUAGAUUGGCUCUACGAUGAUAAUUCGUACCAGGAGUCUGACUCGAGUGAAGAAAAAGAGGAGGAAGACUACUUCGGAUUGGACCAAACAGGAGAAAAAAAUGAGGAUCAGGAAGACAGGGAUCAAUUCACCGUUCCUCAAGAAUUCGACGAUGAUCUAUACAGAAGUGGUGGAGCAAAGCUAAUCAUAUACUGCAUUCCAGCCCUCAUCUUGUGUGUUUUAAUCCUUCUUGCAUGGAAUAAUUACCGAGGGAAGAUAAGGGUUGUUGGUGUCCCUACAGUAGACUCAAAACAAUACGACUGGAGGACCGGUCCCAAAUCAGAAGAACAUGCUCCAAUGCUGACGGAACAGGACCUUGAUGAAAGAGGAUACUAAGUGUGCCUUAGGGGGGGGGAUGAGGGGGAUCAAAAUAUAAAAGUGGCGUCAAAUCAAAUUAUGCUGGUGUCUAUACACCAUAGGUUUACUUACGCGAGUCUUUAAAACUUAGCAAUAAAUCAUUUACAGUGUACUGGGUAAAACAUUACAAUGUAUUCAAAAAUAUUUUUGUCAUAUUUACAUGUCAAUCAAUAGGCCUAUUAUAGCCUGGAUAAAAAAAUUCCUCGUCAUCCAUGUGAUAAAUGUAAAUCACAGAUGUACAAAAUUAGAUAAUCUCUAAUAAUUUGUGUAUCUUAUAUAAUGUACGAGUGCCUUACUAUGUAAUCAAUCGAUGGUCAAUGUGCUUUCCAUUCCAGUAUGAUAUGUAAGUUAUUUAUAUUUGUAUGUUUUUUUUAAACAAACUGGAAUGGAAUGAACAUUCUGCAAAUUUGCAGCAUGUCUGUCUUGUUCGUGUUAUGGCUGUUCUACCACUGGCAUCUCAUCAACAUUAUUCUAUCUAAUUUCAUUUAUUCCAUAUAAACAUUAUUUUCUUUCAUUUAAAAAAAUCCUCAAUUUUGUAAACAGAAAUUCAUACAAUUGUUUUUUUCAUAUAGAAUAUAAAUAUUAUUCAAGGGGAAAAACAUGAAGAAAUUGAAAUAAUGUAUAAGUAUAGAGUAUACCAAGGGAGGUCUCGGUCUUUUAAAUACAUUGAACCCCUCUAUAAUUAUGAAUGAGAAAAUCACAUCUUUAUAUCAGAAAUUUUCUGGUGCCUCCCUUCUAAAGCAAACUUUCUUAAUAAAGUUUUGGAGGAGUUUAUUAAUAUUCCCAUAGUAAUAUCUCACCUAGAUGUAGUAAAUGCAUUGGAGCACCAGGGUACCUUCAUUUGGCAGUUAUUAGCGUGAAAAUGCCUAUACAUUAUAUUUAUUCCUCGGUUAAAAGUAAAUGUUCCUUUAUAUUUAUUCCUCGGUUAAAAGUAAAUGUUCCUUUACAUGUCUGGUUAUUUGUGUUUAUUCAUUGUUCUUAUUUGGUUUUCAUGAUGGGUACGUAGCCCUGUUUUUACUAUGUAGAUAAAACAUUCAAUACUAGACCACCUUGACUAAGCACUUUAUUUAUGAUACUAUUACCACGAUGACUGACAAUUAUGCUCCCACACAGCAAAAACUGUGGUGUUAACCGGUGUACAUAGAGGGCCACACCAAUUAUUUUACACCGGUGUUAAAUUGGUGGUGUUAGUUUUACACCUAUAGGUGUUAUUACAACACCUAUGGUUGUUACAUUUACACUCUUUGGUGUUAUGUUCAAUCUCUAGGGUGUUAUUUUAACACCUCAGGGUGUGGUCCUCUAUCAACACCAAUUGGUGUCAGUUUUAACACCACAGUUUUUACAGUGCACUGACACUGUGAUACACUCAGGAUGAAGGUGUACUUAACUGGGAGUCAAAUGCUUGCAUAAUGUGAUUUUUUUUCUGGAAAACAGCUGUUGUAUUUUUGUUUUCUUAUUAGACUCUUGCAACUCUUUUCGGAAGAACACAUCGACCUUGG